CUACCUAUUGCACACAUAACCCUAACACACGCUGGGAGGAGCACAUGACACCGCCAGCGACAAGCCGAGCAGGCGGGGGCCGGAGCACAAAGCCAAGGCGACCAGUAGCAACAGGGUCGGGGGGCACGAGGGCGAGAGCGGGAGCGCUCGUAUGGUUGUCGAUGACGGUGCAAUCUCGAGCCUUUCUGGUUGCCCCGGCAGUGGGCGGGGGAGUGUGCCGUCCCCGAGCUGGUGCUGGUUCUGCACGCACCUCAGCAGCGUCACCGCUGAUGGCCUACGACGUCAAGUAUUCGCCAAACAAAUGGUGGGACGAAGACGACAUCGUGCCCGGCUUUGGAGGGAUCUGGCCAGGAGACCCAGACGCAGAGACCCAUCAUGUGACGUACGUGAACAAGGCCGGCGAAGAGGUGGCAUCGGCGGACGUGCCAGUUGACCGCUACAUCUACUUCGCCACGGAAGACGCGGGUGUUGACGUCCCCAUCAUUAACAAGAAGAGGAUGUGCAGAAACGGCUGCUGCACAACGUGCGCCGUCAAGGUGUUGGAGGGAAAGGUGAAGCAGGAGGGCGCGCUCGGUCUGCUGAAGGACCUUAAGCAGGAGGGAUAUGCGCUGACGUGUUGCUCGUACCCCAAGUCAGACCUCGUGGUGCGGCUGCAGGAGGAAGACGAUGUGUACAUGAAGCAGUUCGGGAACGACUUCGAGGGAGGAGGAGUAGAGUGGGGGGGAGUCUUCCUUGACGAAGACUAGGAGAUCGAUGUAUUUGUUGUGUACGCUUAAGACGUUUGUACUGUAAUAAGUGAGAUGUCGACGUACGGCAUGUUACGGUCUCCCUGAGUAACGUGUCCAGAAGGGGCCGAGCACAAUGUACCACGGUUAGUGCUGUGCAAGCGCACAUGUGUUGUUGUGUGUAUGUGGUUGUCGAUGGGCGUUUGUUUCACGACGAUCCAGCAACGUCUGAUCUUGGUCGUUAGAUGCCGACUGACUUGUUGUUGUGUUGUUUUUCUCAUGUUGAAAGAGAGAAACACGACGCUUCUUCUCCCCAGCUUGCAUGAAUUCCGACAGGAUGGUGAAGCUGUUUUCUUGUCCACAUGGACAUCAACUAAGUCGCGUUGGAGUGGU